AUGCAUUCCAAAAGUUUGCAAGCGGUGUAUAUAAAGGGUUUCAUAGAACUCAUCCUCACAAAGUGCUUUGGCGUGAAGAAGAAGAAGAGGAAUAUGGGCAGCAUAGCCGAGAAAUGGAAGUACCUGAGCGGGGAAAAGAAUUGGGAAGGCCUGUUGGAUCCUCUCAACAUCGAUCUCCGGAGGUACAUAAUCCACAACGGAGAAAUGGCGCAGGCGACAUACGACGCCUUCAACGGCGAGAAGGCGUCGAAAUACGCGGGAAGCAGCCGCUACGGGAGGAAGGACUUGUUUGCCAAGGUUAGCCUAGAGAAUGGAAACCCUUUCAAGUACUCGGUGACCAAGUUCUUGUACGCGACUUCGCAAGUGGAUGUCCCGGACGCGUUUAUCGUCAAGUCUUUAUCGAGAGAGGCUUGGAGCAAGGAAUCGAAUUGGAUGGGGUAUGUCGCGGUGGCGACGGACGAAGGGAAGGCUGAGUUGGGAAGGAGAGACAUUGUCAUUGCUUGGAGAGGAACUGUACGGACGUUGGAAUGGAUCAAUGAUUUUGAGUUCAGAUUGGUUUCGGCUUCCAAGAUUCUUGGUGAUAAGGCUGGUGAUCCCAAGGUGCAUCAAGGGUGGUACUCCAUCUAUACAUCGGAGGAUCAGCGUUCUCGUUUCAAUAAAACCAGUGCAAGACAACAGGUCCUAAGCGAGAUCGAGAGACUAGUUGAACAAUAUAAAGAUGAGGAAAUCAGCAUAACAAUCACAGGCCACAGCUUGGGAGCGGCAAUCGCAACCCUGAACGCAGUCGACAUAGUCAGCAACCGAUACAACAAGCCCAAACACCAUCCACACAAACCUUGUCCAGUCACGGCCAUCAUAUUCGCCAGCCCUAGAGUUGGAGACUCCGAUUUCCGCAACCUCUUCUCUUCGUACAAAGAUCUCCGAGCUCUACGCGUGCGUAAUGCCCUAGAUAUCGUCCCAAACUAUCCGAUCAUAGAGUACUCGGACGUCGGAGAAGAGUUGAAAAUCGACACCAGCAAAUCCAGUUACCUCAAGAGCCCUGGAAACAUUUCGAGUUGGCACAACUUGGAGGGUUAUCUGCAUGGACUUGCGGGGACACAGGGAUCGAAAGGCGGGUUCAAGUUGGAAGUUCACCGGGACAUCGCUUUGGUGAACAAAACCAUGGAUGGUUUGAAGGACGAGUAUCUUGUGCCGGAGUCUUGGCGGUGUGAGAAGAACAAGGGAAUGGUUCAACUGGAAGAUGGUUCUUGGAAGCUGAUCGAUCAUGAGGAGGAUAAUUGAUUUUGUUAUAUAUAUAUAUAUAUAUAUAUAUGCUUAAUUACUA